GUCAGGUGUCGUCGUCGUCGGCAAGGCGAGCCCGCUGGCGGGUUAGAGCAGACGCGGGAGGCGGAGACUAGCAAGCAGGCAGGGGAGGGAGAAGAUGGCGGAGGCAGAGUGAGUAGAGAGCUCGGCGUGCCUGCGGCGGGGCGGGCGGAGAGGGAGCGGGACUCGGCCGCGGCGGGGCUGCAGCCGGCGAGCGGGGAGGGUUCUUCGGAGGGGAAGCAGCAGCAGCAGCAGCAGAGGGGGCGGGGGGGCUCCCAAAUAUCUAUAUGUCUAUCUAUACCUAAUGGGCAGCUGUAGAGCCUUCCCCGCGCCCCUCCUGCCUCUCCUGGUUUAUGGUGACGGAGUUGAGGGGCUCCUGACGCCUGCCAGUCAGAGAGAGACAGACGGUCAGCUUUAGGGGUGAUUCUCAUGCCACCCCCCGUCUAGACAGCGCUACUUUCGCAAAAGGUGCUUGCUGCUCCUUGCCCUCCUGUCAAGCCGGAGAGAACGACACAUGUUUUCGUAGAGAGAGUUGUAGGGUUGGGAGGGGGGACCCCCAAGGGUCAUCUAGUCCAGCCCCCUGCAAGCAGCUGAAUCGCCAGGUCGAGAGUCAAGGCAAGGCGCAGGGAACCUGUCCUCUUUCCAGACACACACACACCCCGACACCUCUUCCUCUAACCAGCCAAACUUGAACUUGGGACAGCCCAAAUUGGCUGGUUCAAAGACCAUCCGGUUCAGGAAGUAGCUUGUCUACAUCAAAGCCAGGAAUGCAGGUUUCUUCUUGCCUGCUGUUUGUAUUUAUAUCCCACCGUUGCGCAUAAAAGGAAGCGCAAGGCGGUAUUAUGUCAUUUUGCCAAUCUUCCCCUGCCUGCCCAAAUUUCAUCCCGUCCCCACCCAGUGAAGUCCAUGCCUGAGAGGAGGUUUGAACCCGGUCCUAGCUCAGUGCUCCUAGCUAACUGCAACACAAUGUCCACCAGCAGUAGACGCCAUCCCUUUAGGACAAGGCACUUCAUCAGGUCACUGACUAUGUCACAGAAGGCAAAACAGGGAGUGGAUGUAGUGUGGGUUUUAGUAUGCAGGUGCUUUCUUUGUUUUCUGGUUUUUUGAUGUAACAAAUUUUCUGCUUUUUGAAAAGGUAUCUUCAACCCCCACCCAAACACACACACUUAUUUUGGUGUCAUUUCUUCAAGGAUUUUGAAGAUGUAUAAUUAUGUACAAGGUUUAUAUCAAGCUCUUAUCAGUUCCAUCUAAGAAUAAAGUGAGGUGGGGGAGAGUUUGUUCGUUUCUUUUAUUAACUCAAGGGAUUUAAAAGCAAUGUCAAUCUGCAUCACCAGCGGCAGUAGAAAUAUCUUCAAGUCCUUCCUGCGUGUAUGUAGAUUGUUCCUGUCUCUGGGUUGGCCUGCAGUGUUAGGCAAUUUCUAUUUGUCCAUCACUAUGGCUCUUACGUUCCAACCAUGCCUUACUAGGUUACUAUAGAUAGAACCACGUGAGGUAAGCUACCACAUGGCUAUGUGUCCUCUCUGGAACUCCCCAAACUGAGUUGUACCACCACCAACUUUCUUGAGAGGUUGUAGAACCAUGGUAACAGCAAUUUCAUUGAAGUGGUUACCUACAGAUAGCUGUCCAUACAGGUCGAUCUGUGCAUUUGUUUUGAAUCUGCUGUUGUAUGUUCAAUGGCUGUAUACUGGUAAAUGGGAUCCACUAAAUCUGCUUGCAAUGCCCCUGUAAUGUACACUGAGAACAAGAUAGUCACUAGGCUCCUGCCCAAAGGCCGUAGCAAACCUCACCAGGAAGAGAAAACACCUUGCAUGGUGCUUCCUGGCAUGGCAACCACAAAUAAUGGUUGAAAUAACAAGCCAAACAAAAAUAAGCGGACUCAUAUUUGUGAGUCUAGUUAUUGUGGUACUGUACAAAGGAGGUGUGUGUGUUGUUCAUACAGAAUGCAAUUUAAAAUCAUUUUAUUUAAAAUCAAUAGGAAAUCUGCUAUAUAGGUAUCUUGUUGCUUAGGAUAUUUGCUCCCCAUCAUUUCAGAAAAGGUUGGAAUAAUUUGUAAACAUGUACUAUAGUAUUCUGCAUUCCAGACUGAGUAUUUCUUUUGAAAAUGCCUUCGUUUUUCAAGGCCACUGAUGGUGCAAUACCUUCACAAGGGAGCUUUGCAAGAGUUGCUUCAAUACAGGAGAUCUUUUCUUACCUUGCUUUAUGUGCCACUCAACCAUAAAUUUGUGCGAUACUGGUGCAUUGCUCAAGAAGAGUUAAUAUAGUUAAGCAAUGUAAUAGUUAAUAGUUGAGUUACCUUUAGUCUCAUUUUUGAGAAAUUGAUUUAUAAAUUAAAGGUAUCUCGGGGUGCAGCUACAAUUCAGUUUCUGUGAAUUCCAGUGUGAACUGGCCUGUAUUUCCUUGCAGAUUGGACUAAUUAUCCUUUGGAGUUUGUAUUUCUCCAAAUUUUGUGAUGCAGUUCUUGGCUCAAUAACAAGAAACCAAAUGAGUUAUUUUAGGAUAAAACAUGUUUAGAAAUGCACACAGUGAGAUAAAAUAUGUUAAAUUAAUACAAAUACGUUUGGCAGAUUGUUUAAAAGCAAAUAGCAUUUUAAAGCAGGAAUGAGUUUGUGAAUGAACAUGUGCAAAAUUAACCCAGGCAGGAAAUAGAUGAAUUUGACCUUCCCCGGUCCAUAGAACCUUCCAUAUGCAUGCGGAGAGGAUCUCUGCAAGUGCACCCAAGCCCUCUUUUCCCUCCUUGCUCUGCACCUUUUACUGGUUGCACUUUCAUGGUGCCAUAGGUGCUGCUGCUUAGCCAGCCAUUCUCUGUGGUGAGAGCUCUUCCUCUGCAUCACAUUCCGUUAUCUGAUGGCCUGCUUUUAUAUAGGGCCCUGGCAUGUAGGCUACUCACACAAAAUAGAAGAAUACUUCUUGCUGGCAUUAUGGAGAGGACCAGAUCAGAAGAUAACUCUUAUGUGAGGGUGAUUAUACCCAGCACAGUGGCAAGAAGCCAAGUUGAGAGUUGGUAAAGAGGUGGGCAUCACAAAAAACAGGACCCCACAUGCAGCCGCAGAAGGUCUCGUCUGGACACUAGUCUCCACACAGAAAUCUCUUGAACUGUUGUAAAUACUUUAUUGUGUCCCCUAUCUCCUGUCAAAUGUAAGACCGUUCCAUUUUAUAUGUAAAAGAACUGAAAAAUGACUGACGGCCUUGUCAUGUCUGCUUUAGGGGAUUUGCAAAAGAUUGUUGGUGGGGAAUGAACACUUGGCUUAGCUUUCAGUUGAAGAGGACCAGGCAAAAUAUAUUUUUAUUUAUAUAGGCCUCUGGCCUGCAAUUUGCAUUGCAAACAUAUUUGAAUUGAUUUUAACAGAUUUGGUGUUUAAAUUUUUUAUUUUUUUUACUGAUUGUAGCUGCCCUUGGAUCUUCAAAAAAAAAACCUUUGUAUUUUAUAGCUGUUUUGUGGUAUUUUUCUAUCUAUAUUGGGGACAGUGCCAUCAGACCAAGGCAUUGCCCACUGAUUUAUGUCAUUGACACAUGGUCUCAGAACUAGUUAAAGGUAGGUAGCUGUGUUGGUCUGCCAUAGUCAAAACAAAAUAAAAAAAAUCCUUCCAGUAGCACCUUAGAGACCAACUAUGUUUGUUAUUGGUAUGAGCUUUCGUGUGCAUGCACACUUCUUUAGAUACAAGAAGUGUACAUGCACAUGAAAGCUCAUACCAAUAACAAACGUACAGUGGUGCCUCGCAAGACGAAAUUAAUCCGUUCCGCGAGAGUCUUCGUCUAGCGGUUUUUUCGUCUUGCGAAGCAAGCCCAUUGACGGAUUAGCGCUAUUAGCGCUAUUAGCGGUUUAGCGGCUAUUAAAGGCUUAAAGGCUUAGGGGAUUAGCUGCUAAAAGGCUAUUAAAGGCUAUUAAAGGCUUAGCAGAUUAGAUAAAGGGGGGGGGAAGCGGAAAAAAAAUCUCAAGACUCGCAAGGUAUUUUCGUCUUGCGAAGCAAGCCCAUAGGGGAAUUCGUCCUGCGAAGCAACUUCAAAACGGAAAACCCUUUCGUCUAGCGGUUUUUCCGUCUUGCGAGGCAUUCGUCUUGCGGGGCACCACUGUAGUUGGUCUGUAAGGUGCUACUGGAAGGAUUUUUUUAAUUCAGUCUCAGAACUGCGCUUGAUGUCUUGACUACAAAUCCAGAACAAGGUUCUGGAUGCAGGUUUCAAACAUUAGAGGAUCUUCCAAAACCCAAUAGUAGAGUCUGAAAACUCUAUUUCCUGCUUUGUAGCAAAACACUGUAAUGUACCUGCAGUUGCCUAGAUAAGUAGGCAACUUGACUGUUGAACUGUGAAGAGAACUGCAAGUGAUAGGGAACUACUGUAGGAAGUCUCCACAGAGAUGGCAAUUAACCAAAAGUGAGACCUGAUGGUCACCAGAGCAAAGAAUGUUAUGACAAGGUCAUUCUGGACCAAAGGAAAGCUUAGGCUGCAUAAAUUGCAGAGUUGGGAGUGGGGAAAUCAGCCUUCAAAACAAAACAAAAACAACCACCCAUAUGAUCACAUAAAUAAGGCAUACUUCUAUGCCUUCUACAUCAAGUACUGUACUCAAGAAAAUUCCACACUCCUCACCAGCUCUCCCUACACACCCUCUGGAUCAGACUGGCAGAAUUCCUUUUUCAGACACCUCUUUUUCCAACCUGUCAAUCAAAUAUCUUGUUCUACAUGGAUCCGGUCUCACAUUCGUGUAUAACAAGUAUUUUGACUGACAGCUUAGUCACCUGGAACGUUAAAGGGAGGGGAAAACCCUCCUCCAGAAGCGUUGUUUUGCACAUUCUGAAGCUGCCAAUCGUUUGCAUCUUUUGAUAGCGCUUAUUCAUAAGCAAGUGGAGGAGAUGUAGCAGCAAGAGACUGCGUGUUUCUUCUACGCCACCUCUUAUUCAGCAGAUUCUCGGAGCACACAGAACUGCCUGUAGGUGUGGAGUACUGCUUCAGACCUGCACUUCUGCACCCAACAAAUUGCCAACUGAGCAUAGUAAAAAAUAAAAAAUAAGGAAGUUGCAAUCACUUUUCAACCCACUUCCACAAAGGUAGUCUAGCAAGGUUCUGUACAGCUUAUAUGGAAUGCUUUGGGAUCCCUUUGCACCAGAUACACAGGUGGGAAGCAAUAGGUGGUGGUGGAUCUUUGCCCAUAUCUAGUGUGCAGGUUCUGAAAGAGUGCAUCAAUUGUCAACACGGCACCCAUGCUUUCAGCAGUCCAGCUUUUGGUGGUAAUACGGUCCAGCUUUUGGCGGUCCAGCUUUUUGGUGGAUUUUGAAGAGUUUGUGGUGAGUUGGAUGAAAAGCCUUGAGGGAAGGCAGAUGGCUAAGACAUUGGGGGCAAAAUGUAGAAAAGGGCACAAGAAGAAAUGCUUUUUGAAGGCUUAGGUUGUGAGUUCAGAGUAAGAGUUGAUUGUGUGGCUCGGCUGAAGCUUCUGUGGGUGACUUCUGCUUUUCCGAGCAAAGCAAACCAUUGAAUGGAGUUAAGCUUGGAAACUCUGCAAAAACUUGAGAGGUUUGCCUGUACAUGCAGCACACCUCACCAUGGAGCUAAAGACACCACCUACACAGCGAGUUCUGUUUUCUGAACGAUGCUAUCUAAACAAGGAUAACUUAAACAUUGAGUCAUCCCCUACGUAACCAACUGAUCACUGUGCCCUUCCAUGGAAGGCAUCCUGCAGGUACCACCCUAUUAAAGAGGUUCAUUUCAGAAUCGGGCCAGAAUGUUCCCCUUUGGAACAUAUCUAUGUCUGCUACAUAUCAGAGAGGCAACUCCCCUGUUGUCAUUCAGUGAGUGCUAAAGACAUUCCUGUUUCAGCAAGCCUUCAAAAUAGAGAUCUUUACCUCUGUAUCAGAUUUAAAACUUUCACGUGCUGCUGUUGUUUUAAAAUAUAUGUGUUCAUUUGUUUUUUAUCUAUGUAGCUAUUUUAUAUAUGUUUUUAUUAUGCUGUGAGUCACUUUGGGAUGCCUCGUGGGAAGCGACUCAUAGGUGAAAUAAGCAAUAACAGCAUAAUAAUACUGAUCACCAAAGGGUUGGGUUGACUGUUUUGUUCCCUGUCCUGCUUGUCAGCACCUAGCUGGCUCCUGUUGGAAAUAGGAUGUUAGAAUUGAUAUCUCUUUAGUUUGAUCUGGGAAGACAGUUCUCCUAUUCCUAUGAAAUACACGCACACUCGCUGAAAGGCUCCCUUUUUCUGUUCUACCACAUACGGCACCAGCUUUGGAGUUAUGCAAGUUUGCCCAGACAGGUUUCUGAUUUCAAAGCGUACCUUAGUCAUUUUCUCUGCAUGUUCUGCUCUUCUGGCACUGGGCUAAGUGUGUGAAGAACUAUUGUGCAAGCACCCCUUGAACUCACCUGACCCUAGCACUGUGUGUCUUAAUAAAACCUGUUUCAGAAAUUGAGGACACCUUUCAAAGUCCCUUUGCUGAAUGAUGUUUUUGUGGGGAGAGGAGAGGCAUACAGCAACACCAGAAAUGGCUCAGUUGGUAGAGCCUGAGAUUCCUAAUCUCAGGGUAAGGGGCUUGAGCCCCACAUGGGGCGAAAGAUUCCUUCAUUGCAGGGGUUGGACUAGAUGGCCCUCGAGGUCCCCUUCUAACUCUACAAUUCUAUGAAAAGCACCUCUUCUAGAAAUCAUAGAACCAUGGAAUUUCAGAGUUGGAAUGGACCCUGACGAUCACCUAGUCCAACCCCAGCAAUGCAGUAAUAUGCAGCUGUCCCAUACGGGGAUCGAACCUGCAACCAUGUAAUUACAAUGGUACCUCGGGUUACAUACACUUCAGGUUACAGACUCCGCUAACCCAGAAAUAGUGCUUCAGGUUAAGAACUUUGCUUCAGGAUGAGAACUGAAAUCGUGCUCCGGCAGCAGCGGGAGGCCCCAUUAACUAAAGUGGUUCUUCAGGUUAAGAACAGUUUCAGGUUAAGAACGGACCUCCGGAACAAAUUAAGUACUUAACCUGAGGUACCACUGUAUCAGCACCAUGCUUUAACCAGCUGAGCUAUUCAGGUCUGAAUCUUGUAGUAAAGUACACCAGGCCCUGCCUACCAAUACUUUCUUCCUACCUCCAGUACUACCUAAUAAUGCUUGGGUGUGUUUCCAUUCUUUUGUUUGCAUAUUGAUCUAACCAAGUCAAUUACUGAAGUUGUCAUCAUUCGAUCGUCAGGCACACAAGGAUAAUUCCAUUGACUUCUAAGGAGUCACACUGCUGCGUCUUCUUUCCCCAUCAAAGCGACACCCUAGCCAUUAUACUAUCUGUGCAGCUACUCUGAUUCUAUUCCUGAUAAGUUCUACUUAAAGCUAGGCUGUGGAGUUUAUUAUGCAAUCGCUAAUCACUUACUAUCACAGCAAUUUGUGGAAUCACCUCUUUGGGAGGUUGCCACAUCGACUUGGUAUGUUUAAGUUUGUGGUAACAUGAUGUGUGCCAGGCUUUGGCUAAAAGGAAAACAAAAGAAAAGAAAACAGGCUAUGCUACUUCAGUGAUUCACCAUUACCCCGUGAAUGUUUGGCUGCCUAUGAUAUUCCAUGUUUAGUUCUCAGCUUUUGGGGAGACGGGCCUUGAAUCUUUCAGCAAUAGAGACCAAAAGUCCUAGUAUCAGUUUUGUCAAGAUUACCGCAUUUUUUGCUCUAUAAGGCUCACUUUUUCCCUCCUAAAAAGUAAGUGUGUCUUAUGGAGCAAAUGAAGGCUGCACAGCUAUCCCAGAAGCCAGAACAGCAAGAGGGAUCGCUGCUUUCACUGUGCAGCGAUCCCUCUUGCUGUUCUGGCUUCUGAGAUUCAGAAUAUUUUUUUUCUUGUUUUCCUCCUCCAAAAACUAGGUGCGUCUUGUGGUCUGGUGUGUCUUAUAGAGCGAAAAAUAUGGUAAAUAAUUCCUGAAGCAGUGAUGAUGAACCAGAAAGUUUAGUAAAAAUCAUUUUAUUUCCAUUUUGUUUUCGACAACUUUCUAUUCAGAUGGUGGUUAUGGGUGUUGCUCAACUAAGUCUUACAUAGAGUAGACCCAUUGAAAUAAAUGAGCAUGGGUAAGUUAGGUCCAUGGGUGUCAAUAGGUCUACUCUGAAUAAAACCUGGAUGCAUACUAUCCCAGGAGUUAAAGCUUUUAUUCACAAAUGAAGAGUAGAAUUUUAUUGUACUAAAAUAAAUGAAAGCUGGGAAUUCUUGCCAAUUACGCUGAAUAUCUGGGUGUUAAUUUUUUCAUAUAGAAAAGCAUCUCCUUAUGCGUGUUUUAAGGUGAUGCUACAUUUAUCUUUAUAUCAGCAACUUAUUUUUUUCCCCAGCAGAACCUAUAUUUUCAGUUGAGCAGUGGGCACCUGUUGACUUAUUCCCAUGUGAGUGGCCACAUUGCCAAAGUGCUCUUUUAACUCAGUCCUCCCCACUGUCAAUAGUGACAAAAAAGCCUUUCUUGCUCACACACAUUAGUGUGCAUUCAUUACAGAACCUGAUGCCUCUGUAUUUUAGUGGGCAGCUGAGACACGCACCAAGAGCGGCUGUGCUUGUUUUCUGCUCGGAAGCAUCUUUGGAAUGGGUUGAAUCCACCGGCCACUUAUUCCCUGUACAGUAGCUCUCCAAAGGUGCCCAAGGAUUGAAAGCUGCAGAAAUUGGCUAGUAGAAGUCCUCGUGAGUUAAUGCCAUGCUGCAGCAGCCUUCUUCAAAGAUUAUAUAUGAGUGCGUUCCAUAAUUAUAUUGUUUGUUUGUUUUGUUUUGCACAGGAUUUGGAGUAUACCCUGAAUUAAGAAAAAUAGUAUUGCUUCAGGCUUCUUGGUCAUCCUCCCUUCUCUCCCAACAUAUGCGUUGCAUUUUGCUGUAAGUACAGGCGGCCAUGGCAGAUGACGAUGAUACGCAGCCAUCCAUCCCAAAGAAGUGCGGUCCGUACAUUUCCUCGGUGACCAGCCACAGCCUGAACUUGAUGAUCCGCGGGAUAGUCCUGUUUUUAAUUGGUGUCUUUCUUGCUCUAGUAUUAAACUUGCUACAAAUUCAGAGAAACGUCACCUUGUUCCCACCAGAUGUGAUCACCAGCGUCUUCUCUUCAGCUUGGUGGGUACCGCUUUGCUGUGGAACAGCAUCAGGUAUGUCGGAACAAAUGCGGCCAGAGAGAAACCUUAUUAAGGGAAACAUCAUGGGCUUGAUUCAGUCCGCAGAAGCACCAUUUGGCAUUUCCUCCUCCUUUCCUCCAAGACACCUGUGGACGUGAACCAGGCAAGGGUUGUUAAGAGGAACAUAAGGUCUAGGUGCACCUUUUGUAUCUAUGGACUUCCCUGUCUCCUCUGCUCAGCCAUGGAGAAUGAGGUGGACAGAGAGUCACGGAUGUGGGAGGUGCAUCAUGUAGCCCUGACUUUCUACAUAGGAACCUAAUGUGCUGAGAACUCAGGCAUGCACAUCGGAGGAUAUGCAGAUGCUGGAUUCAUGCAACUGUGCUACCCAGUUACAGCUCCCCCUCUUGCUGCUUGUAGGGAUUAGCUUGCUGGGAUGUCUUAGAUUCUGGCAGAGGAAAGAGUGCCAGGCAUUCUUCAUUCGUCAUUGCUUCUCAUGGGCCAAUCUGGGCAUGGCAUCCCAGUGCCGGAUUUACGUGUAAGCUAAACAAGCUAUAGCUUAGGACCCCACUCUCUUGGGCCCCCCAAAGAAAUUUAAAGGGGGGGAAACUGGAUGUACAUUUCCAAAAUAUAAGAUUAAAAACAAAUAAAAUAAAACCUACAUACAGCAACAGUGUUUUGUGUUGUGUAGGCUCCUAUGAUGUAAGUAAUGGGGCCCCGCCUGCUAGCCUGCUCCCUCAAAUAUCACUGGUUUGCUCAUUUCUAUAUAUAGGGUGCCUACAUUCUGCAUGGACUGGUUGCAUGGCAACAUGUGCAAAUGGCUUUAGAUACCUAUUAGGUUCAUAAAGUACCAUAUAGCAUAUAUUCAACACAAAAAACAGUGACAAUUUGUUGUUGACAAAGGGCAGCUGGACAUAUAAAGGGCCCCGUUAUCUUCAGUAGCUGAAGGCCUCAUCAAACCUAAAUCCGGCCCUGCAUCAACCACAUGACUGGCCCUAGGCAGAGAGGGAGGCCUAGCUAAUCUGGACCAGGGCUGGUGGGAGGGGACGCCAACACUUUACUUCCGCUACAGUCCCAGUCCGGAUUGCACCUCCCCUCCCCUGGCUGCAGUUUAGAAAAGAAAAAGCAGUCAUGGGCAGACAGUUUGCAUUCAGUGAUCCAACUUCAUUUUUUUAUAUAAAAAAAAAUCUGAUUUCAAUUUCCAUUUGGUGGUCCAAAUUUAUUUAUUUUGAAAAUCUGAUUUAUAGUAGAAAUGUUCUUAAAUUUUGCAAGGCAAUAAUUGUCUUAAGUAAGUAGCAUGGUCUGCUGAAUUCUUUUGUAAGCCAGAAGCAAACCAGUGAUAUUUGAGGGAGCAGGCUAGCAGGCGGGGCCCAUUACUUACAUCAUAAGAGCCUACACAACACAAAACACUGUUGCUGGUGGGGGCUGAUGAGAGUUAUAGCCCAAAACAUCUGGAGAACCCCAGGUUGGGUAAGGCUGCUGUAGUACAAUGGCGUCUAGAUUUCUGUGGCAGGGUAGGGUACAUAUCUCUCCAGCCUCCCUACCACUGAUUCAGCCAAUACUUUAAUGAAUUCAGUUGCUGCAUAAGAUCUUUUUAUCACCGGAAACCUCUUGGCAGUGGAGUCAGGGGGCAGCACUAGGGGAAGGUUCUAUUGUAAGUAAACCUCCCAUAAUAUGCCAAUAUUUUCCUGAGGUGCUGCUUGUCAGAUUCUGAUACAGGUCAAUAAACCGAUCUAUUGUCUAGGAAACAGGUUUUUGUUGUUGCUGCUGAAGAUAAUCUUCAAGGCUACGUAUCUUGCAUUAUCUAAUUACUUUCCUUUUGUACCUUUUCAUGGAAUUAAUACACCACAGAUUUCACAGAGGAUUCAGAUUUGAAAGGAAUUGUCUGUGUAAAUUGUCUGAAUGUGUUGGUUUUCUUUUCUCGGAGGUGUGUGUGUGUCUGUGCGCGCUUGGAAUAUUUUGGUCACAGUUAGAAACUCGUUUUAUCUCCAAACUGCCUGCCUGUCAUCGUUCCUUUUUAUUUAUUUAUUUUUUGCCCAUCUGAAAUCCUUGAGUAUUUUACUGCACCAUUUGCUUCAUUUUUAUUUUACACCUAGAUUGGCAAUUCUAGACACAAGCAUUUGUUUGGCUUGAUUGUCUUUUGCCAUCCUUCUCCACCCUGGUCCCUCUGGAGGUUUAGAGUACAGCUCCCAGCAUCCCUCACUGUUGUUGUUGUUGUUGUUGUUUGCCUUCAUUAGCCACUUUUCCCACAAAGGUGACUCAAAGCAACUUCCAAAAAUGGUACAAACUUUAAAACCGGAUACAGUGGUACCUCGGGUCACAAACACUUCAGGUUACAAACGCUUUGGGUUACAAACUCCACUAACCCAGAAGUAGUUACCUCAGGUUACGAACUUUGCCCCAGGAUAAGAACAGAAAUCGCGCGCCGGCAGCAGUGGGAGGCCCCAUUAGCGAAAGCCCACCUCAGGUUAAGAACGGUUUCGGGUUAAGAACCGACUUCCGUAACGAAUUAAGUUUGUAACCCGAGGUACCACUGUAUUAGGAACCCAAACAGAAUGAGAACCUAAAAACACACCCAUAUAUCGGUCUCAAACACCCCACCCCACUAAAAGAGGCCACAGAUAGCUGAUACCCUCCAAAUUAAGGGGCUAAAGCCUGGGUUCAAAGAGAUGUUUUUGCCUGGUGCCUGAAAAUACAUAGUGGUGGUGCCAGGCAUGCCUCCUGGGGGAGAGUGUUUCACAAGCAGGAUGCUAUCAGUCAAAAGGCUUGCUUUCAUGUUUCCACCCUCUGCACCUCUCUCAGUGGGUGCCUAUGGAGAAGGGCCUCAGGUGAUGAACACAGUCUGACUGGUUCAUGUGGGGACAGGUGGUCCUUGAGAGUGAGCUGCAUGAGGCUUCAUAGGUCAAAACCAGCACAUGGGUUUCCCACAUUUCCUGGGGCUAAUGGAAGUUCUAGUCCAAAGCAUCUGGAGGGCAUUCAACAAGGCUGAAGGCAAGGGCAGUGGCAGAAAUUUUUUUGCUAGCAUGUUUUCAUCUGCGGGAAGUUUUCCAUUUGUAAAAAAAUAUGUCGUUUCAUAAAAUUAACUAGUAAUGUAGUGAAUGGUUACCAGUAUGAUAUCAGCCAAUUUAGGGAGCGUCAGCGAAUGGCAAAUUUGGCAGAAGUCAUCAUUGUUCCUUUCGCCUUUUGUUGUUGUCAUUUACAGCUGUGAUUGGGUUAUUGUACCCCUGCAUGGAUCGACACCUGGGAGAGCCACACAAAUUUAAGAGGGAAUGGUCCAGUGUGAUGCGGUGUGUAGCAGUCUUUGUUGGUAUAAAUCAUGCCAGUGCUGUAUCCUUCUCUAUGGUAAUGAAGUUGGCAGCCGCAUCCAAACUUUUUUCUAGGAGGCCAAGAGCUAAACAACAGCUGCCCCGCUCACUUCACCGGGAUUGCACGCCUGGUGCACUCCCCGACGUGGCAGCGAAUUUAUUAGUUGCCCUUCCAUUGCUAACUCAGGGUGAUUUACAACAGUUUCAAGCUACAUGUUUAAAAUAACUUAAUAAACACAAUAAAAAAUCCAGUGUGGCCGAAGAAAGCUUGGCCAUAAAACAGCAGCGAGAAGCAAUAAAGUAUUAAGAAAUAACAUUCUCGUGACACAAGUGUUCACACUAAUGACAGGGUGCAUGUAAACUUUUAGCAAGGUGGCUAUCCCAAGGAAGGCACUUUUGCAAGCCAACAUUCACUCAUGAGUAAUUGCAUACCUACUAAACAAGCAUUUGAAACAUCAUGCCUUUGGUCUAGUCCUAAGAGGGCUGCGAAUGGUCAGCUAGGGAUGUUCUAGUUAGAUAUGAUUUUCGGAAAGCUGUUCAGUGUCAGGAAAAUCAGAGUUGUGUGAAGCAUACUGGCAAUCCCUUUGAGGCAAAACCCCAAAACAAUUAGUCAGUGUUCCGCUGAUCUUCUGAAACUGUUCCUUAAUGACGCUCACAGAAAGUGGAUUUUGCCAACAACACCCAGUUGUCCCUCACACUUGCUGCACUUUCAAUUGGGCUGUGGUGGACAUUUGAUCGAUCUCGAAGUGGCUUCGGCCUGGGAAUUGGAAUUGCAUUUCUUGCCACAUUGGUGACUCAGCUUCUCGUCUACAAUGGAGUUUAUCAGUAAGUGUUUUCUGUUCAGUAUGGUGAUUGUAAUGCUAGGAUAUUAGAGGAGGUAUCAGGGGUUGGUGCUGAUGAAAUACCAAAAACUAUUCCGACUCCUUGCCCAGUAUGUAUCAAUCCCAUCAGAAUGGAUGCGGCUCAGAGGUGUGCAAGAUUGCAUCUGAGGUGUGGGGAUUUGCAUGGGCCUGUCCUUUCGGCUUUGGGACUGUGUGCUUCUACACCUGCCUGCUCUGUUUUAAAAGAAGAAAUAGAAGGGGAGAGGUGUUCAAGCAGCAGGACCACAAACAGGACCCCACACUUGUGUUCCCAACCUUGCAGCAGAUGCCUGCCCUCUUCCCAGCUUACAAGGCCAAGGGAAAAGCUUAGGAGUGUUUUGGCAGCUGCAUUGCCAAUGACCUACGAGCAGCUUAGCCAAAGCACCUAGGGCCAAAACAACAACCCUAUUGCUACCUUUCCAAUCUCAAACUUGGAACUAGGGAAGGAAGCCUGGCGUUACAUGGAGGUGCAGCAUGGGGUCAGGGGCCUGGCUGCAAGCUUUUGCUUGACUUCCAGUGCCCGAUUCUGACAUUGUGGGCUGGACUUCAGGUGCCGUGCUGAUUCCAAUGGAAGAUCUGCCAUCAGCUCUGCUGGGCAAGGGCUGGUGUCCCGGCCACUGCAGCACAGUGCUGCUUAUGGGUCUUUUUGCAAAGCUUCAAUGCACAGUGAGCAGGCUGUGCCUCGUUUUUCAGAAACGGGACUGUGUCGGAUGCAUUAGCACAAGCUGUUACUUGUACCAGUGCAGUCUUGAGCCCAGGCGACAGCGUCAGAGUGCCAGAGGUUUCCUGUUUCUUUGUGCAUUGUUUCAGGCCUAACCAUGACUCUUUAUCUCUCCCUAGAUACACAUCUCCUGACUUCCUUUAUGUGCGUUCCUGGUUACCCUGUAUAUUUUUUGCUGGUGGAAUAACUAUGGGGAACAUUGGCAGGCAGCUGGCAAUGGUAAGUUAGUCUGUCAGUGCUGGGAUUAUUUGCAGCAUACUUGUGAAUAAUUUUGUCUACCUUUAGAUGUGUGAGCCAUCCUUUGCAGGCCACAUCCAGAUAACUGUGCUGCUGUUCAGGAAGCUCAACAUACAGCAGUCCUUGUGCUUUCCAACCCUGCCAUGUUCUCCACUUAAAUACAGUUGCUAUUCAGUUCACAGUGCCUUAAAGGAAAAAACCCAGGAUGUACCUGAUGUUGUCUGUGCAUUAGCAGAACUCCCACAUGCAUAAUAGGACUUCACCUUCUUAGCUACCCCUGUAAACUUACCCACAACAUGCCCUCUAAACCUGAUCUCGAUGGCUGGGAGACCUAGAGAAGUUUGGUAGGGAGUGGGAAAGCUGCAGAGCACAUGACAGGAUCAUGAAGUCCUGCUGUGUGAGUGGAAGUCCGUUCAACACAACGUUGGAUUCAACCUGCAGAUUGUAGGAAUAAGGUGGAAAGCUGGGCUCCCAGAAAAUUUACCAUGCUGAGCUCCACUCAUUUGCAUCCCUUGUUCUCAAUUUUUACAGUGUAUCCUUUAUUGUGUGUGUGUGUCAUUCUUGGAGACACUUACCACUUAAUUUAUGUGUUUUUAUUUUGUAGUACGAAUGCAAGGUUAUUGCAGAAAAGUCUCAUCAGGACUGAAAAAGAGCAAAGCAUACCUUUCUCAAGGAGGAUGAAUGACAGACCUGGAAGAACUGGCACCAAGGAGUACUUUAUAGUGUUUUCAAAACAGUCGUCGCCCUCUCUUGUGUCUUCUUCUGCUCUCACUCGCUGUCCCCCUUGGCCUGUUCCACCUGCAAAAGACACUUUUUACUGCAAUCUGUGAUUGCUACAUCUGUAAUUCACUUGAAAAUCCCAGCAUCUUGGUAUCGGAUCAGUGUGAAAUUCUGCUGGAAUGCAACAUGCUGGACAAGGUGUUGGUUUUUAGAUAGGAGCCUUUACUUUAUAAAGUAAGCUAGUCUUGCCAUAUACCAUCCUCUUAUUUGCAUAAUGUUCCUGUGCCAAACCAAACUCUCUCUCUUUCUCUCUCUCGGUUGCAUUCCUUUUUUUACCUUUCCCUGGACAACUUGGGGGAUUAAAUGUUAUUAGAGUGUUUCUAUUUUAUUAUUCAUGCCAGAGUGAUGUAAAGGUGGCCUGAAAAGGCAUUGAGGACAGUAAAUCACAAAUAUAAUUCAAGGCUAUGACUUCACUUGUCCCUACCCCACCCCACCCAAAAAAUCAACAGGUUAGUUGUAUGUCAGGUACAGUUACACACAACCAACUUGUUCCGUGUCAUGGGUUGAUUGUAUAUUGGAUGUAAAACCAACCUGGGCCAUUCUGCAUACGUACAGGUGAGGCUUCUGCCGCAGUCAUGAUGUCUGUGCCUGCCAUGUUCCUUUGUAAAUAGGUUCAUUCUGUUGUAGGACUCUUCAUGCAACACUAGCAGUAACACUGCUGCGAGUGCAGACAUGGCUGAGAUGGAGUGAUGCUACUGAGACCACCUGAAAAUAAGUCAUCUGUGGAUGAUAGAUCUGCUGUGGAAAUAGGAAAACCCGAACUUCUUUAAAUUCAGUGAGAUCAGCCUCUGUUUACUUGUUGGAAGUUUCACUCUUGCACUAUAUGCAUAAGCGUGGAUUCUCACAUGCAUUCUGAUGAUAGAAGACGCAAUCUGCUGUGAACUUCUCCUAUGCAUGCCCCAUUGAAAAGAAUGGAUGAGUGGAUAAUUGUCGUAUGCUACAGCAAACGUGAAAGGAUCCCAAUAGUUCAGGGAUUGGGAGCCCCUUACCCUUCAGGUGUUGUUGAACUCCAGCUUCCAUCAGCCCCAGCUAUCAUAGACAGUGGCCAGGGAUGAUGGAAUUUGUAGUCCAACAACAUCUGGCAGGCCAGAGGUUUCCCAUCCCCGCAUUAGAUUGUGCUUGGUUAAAUAGACUCAAAGAAGGCCAGAGUAUGAUGCGACCUUGACACACUCUUCUUAGAGGUGUCCAUUGAGGUUGGGGGUGUGGCAGAAGGGAGAAAUGCCUUACUUGUAAUGAAGCCCUAAAGUUGUUGAUUCUAAGUAAAAAGAAUAAGUUGAAUCUGUUCUAAACUUGACCAGUUUCAUUACUUCUAUUGUCGUUCAUUUAGCUUUAGAGAGCUGCUUAUAUUCUUUUAAAGAACAUUUUCUUUUUAAAAGAAAUAUUCUGUAAAAGGUUUUUUUUAGAAAAUGUGUUACAGUGACUCGAAAGGGCUUGCUCCAAAGAACCGAUGUGUUUAGACAAAAUGUUUUAUUUUUCUUUAAUAAUGUAUAUUGUUGUGUUCAUAAAAAAAAUUGUGGAACAGACAAACUAAGCAGCGUUUUUAAGGCUUGCAUGCUAAUAUAUGAAGAAUAUGCAAUGAAAGCUUGGGACAAAAAGAUAUCGGAAGGAAAAUGUGCAAUCAAUAAGACUUAAAGAAAAGAAAAAGCGCAAAAGCAAAUAAUAUGCAAAAUAUCAGUAGCUGAGACUUCCCACUUGGUGUUGUAGCUUCCCACCGCAGCACUGAAAUGUUUCCAGUGUCGUCCUAUGGACUUAAUGUUACGGAGAAAGCACUUACGCCUUAGUGUAUCUCCUUAUAUGCCCUUCCCCACACUGAAAUGCAAACACUUUGUGUAUAUUUAUAUGAUUUAAUUUUGAAGCAUUUCCUUGAAUGGUACAAAUGUCACUUGGGAUUGUGGAGAUACCUUAAAAUUAAGUCAACAGAGAGCUUAGUAUUCCAGCAUAGCUUGUAAGUGCAUCCGUGAUCCUGCUGAUUAAUAUUUAUGGGUCAACCCAGCUAUUUAAAGUGUUCGUUAAAAUUGUGGCAUGAGUAUAUUUUGAAGGCUUAAAUCUGGCAAUUUGGCUCUUGGAAAACGAGUGACUAAAUUAGGCAACAGACCAGUAAGAUGUGUGGAGCUUUUUAUGUGAACUGUAGAAGAGAUCUCUUACUUAGAAGUUUCUAGUCAUUGCUUGUAUUCUCCAGGGCCUUCCCAUAGACAGGUGAGCUUGGAGCAUAUCAGCAGAGAGUUAUCAAGGAGAUCAGCUUCUGUUUCACAUGUAUAGUCUAGGGCAACUCUUGUUGGGAGUAGAUGGUCUUGGGAGUAUAGCAGGUCUCUCGUUUCCCACCGUCGUUGUUUUUAAAUCUAGUUGACACGAAAUGUGAAAAGAAUUAUGAAGGCAUGAAGAGCAAUUGUGUGGUACCUCAGUUCACAAUAUGGCAUGUAAUAGCUAAAAAAGAUGGCUGUUCAUGGCUAUGCUAAUUGAAUGCUAUGAAUACCACUGUAUUCUGUAACAGACUCUGCAAACUUUGGAGGACUUAACAGAUUUGCCACUUACAAAUCUUGCUUGCUUUUGUGUCAUGUGUUCUUUGCACCCAGCUGUAAUGAGGGGGGAAAAAACAGUUUUCAUCCACCUUGCUGAAGUUCACAUGUGGUGUUAAAUCUUACAUACAUCUUCAUAUCUCAUCCUUUGUAUAUUAACAUAAACAUGGAGAUUAAAACCUUUUGUAUAUCAUAACUACUUACCAGGCAUCCUUGUAUACCAGGCCUUGCACUGUUUGUCAGUCAGUGAUAGAUGAUAACACAUGGUAAGUUUGAAAAUGCCACUUCAAAUAAGUUCAGUGACUCUUCCAUGUCUUUAAGCCAAUGAUGCAAAGUCACCCCAAAGUCAUUCUUGUGGACUACUGCUUUUCUGUUGAUGAGUAGCUUUUCGUUUAACAAAACAUGCGUUGAUUUUUAUGUACCUACUAGCCAGUACUAGAAUUUUGGGAGGAGAGGUUUGUAAUGGGAAUGCCUUAAUUACAGUGGUGGGAAGAAGCAGCUACUGUAUAAUGUGUAAUUAUAAUAUUAGACCGUCUUCAAAAUGUUCUGUAGAGGAUGACUAAGAUAUAUUUUAGAUACAACUUUAUAAGCACUAUAAACUCUUCACUAGUUGUGAAUUGUAAAGGUUGAUGAUGUUUACUUCAAAUUGCUGUUAAAAGCAAAACAUGUAUUAAAUAUAAUUACAGCCUCGUUGAA